UUUAAUUUACAGUUAUAUUAACAGUUAGACUAGCUGGUCUAGUAGGCCAAGAUGGCUGACCACUACCAGAACAACAUAUACAACCAAGGAGACUACCCUCUUCAGGAAGACGAUGCAGCAAGUGAUGUGACUGAAGGACAUGAUGAAGAGGAUCAGAUGUAUGAAGGAGAAUAUCAAGGGAUUCCACAUCCUGACGACACAAAGGCUGCACAGAGAGCUGCAUGGGCUAAAGCUCAAACAGCUAGCAGUGCAGCAUCUGAUCUAGAGGAGUUAUCUGAGCAGUAUGAGUACAUCAUGGAAGAAUGUGGUCAUGGGAAAUUCCAGUGGAUGCUCUUCAUAGUGCUGGGCCUGGCUCUAAUGGCUGAUGGAGUUGAAUGUUUUGUGGUUGCAUUUGUUCUACCGUCUGCAGAAAAGGACCUGUGUCUGUCCAAUGCAGAGAAAGGAAUGCUGGGUCUCAUCGUUUUCCUGAGCAUGAUGGUGGGAGCAUUUCUGUGGGGAGGACUGGCAGACAAAGUUGGCCGUCGGCAAUGUCUGAUUCUGGCAUUAUCUAUAAACUGUAUCUUUGCAUUCAUGUCUUCCUUCGCUCAGGGUUACAGCUUCUUUCUCUUCUUCAGACUGCUUUCUGGCAUUGGCAUUGGUGGCACAGCACCGAUUGUGUACUCGUACUUCUCAGAGUUUCUUCAGAUGAACAAGAGAGGAGAGCAUCUGUCCUGGUUGUGUAUGUUCUGGAUGAUUGGUGGGAUCUAUGCUUCAUUCACUGCCUGGGGAAUUAUACCCAGAUAUGGCUGGGGCUUCAGUAUGGGCACAGAAUUUCAGUUCCACGCCUGGCGAGUGUUCGUCCUGGUUGCGGCUCUCCCUGCAAUUGCUUCUCUGGUUGGACUUACCUUUAUGCCCGAGAGCCCACGUUUCCUCCUGGAGAAUGGCAAACACGAUGACGCGUGGAUGAUCCUAAAACAGGUCCAUGAUACUAACUGGAGAGCCAAGGGGCAGCCAGAAAAAGUCUUCACUGUGGUGCACAUCAAGACCCCGAAGACAACUGAGGAUGGUUUUUUUGAGGUUCAGAGUGCAACAAGAACACCUGUACAACGAUGGGCCGUACGCUCACUGACACUCUGUAAACUGGUGUUGAGGAACGUGGCAUCUCUCCUUUCUGCAGAGCUGAGAUUUGCUACACUCUUCAUGGCUGUCAUCUGGUUCUGCAUGGCUUUCAGCUAUUAUGGCUUAUCUGUGUGGUUCCCUGACAUGAUCAAACACCUUCAGCAUGAAGAGUAUGUGUCUAAGGUCCAGGUUUUCCAUAAAAAACGAGUGGAGAACAUGAUUUUUGACUUUCCUUUGGAGAACCAGAUCCAUGAAGAAGUAGAAUACAUCCGUGACAAGUUCAUCAAUAUAGAGAUGAAGUCAGUGAAAUUUAAAGACUCUCUGUUUGAAGACUGUCACUUUGAGAACAUCAGGUCCUCUGAAACAGUGUUUGAGAACUGCACCAUCCACUCCACUGUCUUCUACAACACAGACCUGUGGGAGGCCAAGUUUAUUGACUGUAACAUGGAGAACACCACCUUUGAACACAACAAGCACGGCUGCCACCUUGAUACUGCUAAGGAGAAUGAUGUCCUCAUCUACCUGGUCAGCUUCCUAGGCAGUCUGGCAGUGCUGCCAGGCAACAUCAUUUCAGCUCUCUACAUGGAGAAGAUUGGCAGAGUAAAGAUAAUAGGUGGCUCCAUGCUGAUUUCAGCAGGCUGUACAUUUUUCCUGUUUCUAAGCUUCAGCCAAUCAGCAAUCAUUGCACUACAGUGUCUGUUCUGUGGUGUUAGUGCAGCUGCAUGGAAUGGAAUUGAGGUGGUGACUGUGGAACUGUAUCCAGCUUCAAAGAGAGCAACAGCUUCUGGUGUGCUGAAUGCUCUGUGUAAACUGGCUGCUGUUCUCGGCAGCUCCAUCUUUGCCAGCUGUGUGGGAAUCACCAAAGCCAUCCCUAUUCUACUAUCCUUUACUGCGCUGGUGUGCGGCGGCCUUGUGGCCCUCAACCUGCCUGACACGCAACAGAAAAUUCUCCAGUGAAGUGAUAUGAGCGUGCUGAGGUGGGAAUGAGGGGGGUGAGGAAGAGGCCAAAACACAUCUACUUCUUGUUGGAGGCUAAUGAAUUUACCUUGACUCUGAACUUGAAAAAAGACAAGACUCACAACUGUUCAUUAGAACCAUUUUUUUCAGGUUGGAGGUUUUAGACCAGGAAAAAGCAGGUUUAUGUUUUUCUGUAUUUCUGUAUGAGUCUUUAUUGAUGCCAUGAAUCCACUAAGGCAGUUGACAUACUAACCAUUUAAUAAUUUGUUAAUGAAUUACGUGGACAGAUGUUUUUUGAAUGUUUAAAGCACGCACUGUAAUAUAUUCUGUGUUCCUACCACUAUUUAGAUGCAUGUCAGGGGGAAAAAGUGUUAUCAGUAAUUUGCACCUUAAAAGUUUUUCCAAGCUCUGUUAUCAAUAUUUCAUAGCUUAAAAAUCUGCUUUGACGCUCUAGUCUCCAAGUUAGUGUAAGAUUAUCAAACUACAUAUGUCAAUAGCUUUUCUUUAUACUAAAUAAAUAAGCUAGUCCUUGUAAACAGUGGCUAAAUAACCUAGCUUAACAAACUAGCCCCGGACUGUAACAGAUUUGAUGUGAUCAGUGUGAUUAAAUCACAUACUUCUACAUAUUAACGUCAAGAUUAGGUUUUGAUGACAGAAAUGUGACGCUGUUGCUCUGUGAAUUUUUGCAGGGGUGAUCUCACCCAUUCUAGUUCCCACAUGUCUUUAUGUGGGAUAUGGGGAUCACUAUUUUCAAAUAUUUUUAACCAGAUGUUUGACUGAUUAAUUGUGAAAUAACCUUCAGAUCAACCUCUUAACAUCCAGUAUAUUAUUGAAGAACCAUCUAGGAUUAGGGUCAAGGACAGGAGUAGACUUUGGUAACUUGCAUGUUUUUUAAGAACUGUUGCCUCUUUGGCCCACCAACAUCUGUAAACAGAAUUAAGUGAAUAACUGUAUGGCACAAAUGUAUGCAACAUUAUAUGAAAUGUAGUACCUUCCAGUUUCUGAAAAUGUAUUUGUUUAUUAUAAGGACAAAAUACAGCCUUUAAAAAUAACCCUCAUCAUAAACUUGUUGUUUUUAAGAGAUUAAUCAUUAACAAACAGUAAUUGUGAGACUGGAUGAAGCAGACAAUUUUAUUUUAUUGGCCUGCAGGACAGUGAACAUUUGAACUUACAUCCCCUAGGCUGAAGAAAUACAUAACAUUAACCAGGAUCCUAACAAAGAAUAUAUUGGUCAUUCUGAAAAUGUAAUAUUCAGGAAAAUGGUUCUUCAAGUGUUCUG